UCAGAAGGAGCAAAGCCUGAAAAUUCCAAGGAGAGCACAUGCUUCAACCGUGUGAUAUUGAUCCUAAAUGUCUUAAGUUUGCAUAUAUAUGCAGACAGAAAAAAUACUUUUGAUAUCACCACAGAACUUUUGCAUUCUAUUCUUGAAAUAUAUCAGAAUGGAUUGUUCAACCUCUUAUUCUUCUUCAUCAUCCACCAUUAUUCGCCAUAUUCGAUCAAUUAGUUUGCCUAACCGAUCACAUCCAAGCACUCUUCAUUUUGAAGAAGAGUUCAUCAACUUCAAAAACUUGGAGGCUUCUAUCUCUUCGGUGCAAACUACAGAUACAAUAUGUGAUGCUUUACUAGGCCUGGAAAGAUUACAUACAUAUGUUAAUGAUCAUAUCAAUUUGCCACUGACCAGACAAGCCCUUUCUCACGAAAAGCAUCAGAAAUUUGUUGAUAAGUUGUUGGAUCAAUCGAUGAUGCUUUUGGAUGUCUGUGGCUCCGUAAGAGAUGCCAUGCAACAAUUCAAACAACAUCUACGAGACCUUCAAUCGGCUCAGAGAAGGGGCAAGGGGGACAUGAGCAUCAACACUUCGUUCUUCAAUAAAAUGAGGAAGGAUACCAGAAGAACACUUUCCUCACUUAAGCAAAUCAGUAACAAGAUGGGGGACACCAGUCUCUUAAAUCUAGAUCACCAACUCUCAGAUGUGAUUAGGUCACUAAGAGAUACUAGCUUAGUGAGCAUCUCUGUGUAUGAAUCAAUCAUGUCACUUACCUCGGCUUUGGUCUCAAAACCAAAGCCUUUAAGAUGGUCAAUAGUUUCAAAUUUGAUCCACAAAGACACCAUAGAGAGUGUGGAUCACCCUCAAGUUUCAAUUGAGGCUCUAGAGUGCCACAUUGAUGUCAUUGAGAAUGGUUUGGAGUGCGUCUUUAGGAGCUUGAUUAAAACAAGAGCCGGUCUCCUAAAUACCCACUCGCACUAGCUGCAAUGUAAAACAUAGAUUACUAGACGGGCAUUCAAGUUUGUAUUGGAUAUACUAUAUUGUUUUAUAAAAUUUGCAGAUGUAGGUAGAAAUAUAUAAAUGUUAUUGGUUAAUCAAAUUAUGUGUCUUUGUGAUACUUUCUAAAAGAUAGAGUAAAUUACACAAAUAGUCUC